GAUUAACAUAGUUUGCUCUCUGAGGUUCUCCGAGAACGUUAUCAUCCAAUGAUAAGAAAAUUUAAAAAUUUAAAAAACCAAUCAUAGAGUACAAAAUCGAAUGCAAGUAAUUUAAAUAAUGUCUGAAGAACAGCAGAAAUUUCUGGAGGCUUCCUCUGUCGUGGAUCGCAACAAGGUCUUUAAACUUCUUGGCAAACUGAGCAUUUCCCUGGGCUGCAGUAAUCCAAAUUUGGAUCACAUUAUGCAGGUUUUUAAGCCACAAAAGCCUCGAGCUGACAUUGAAGUGUUGGACAUACAAAAGCGCUUUAAAUCGCUAGAAAACAAUGCCAAGGAUCGCAAUCUGCGAGAACUUCUACAAUUGAGAUCGAAACUAUUUCUCUAUCUGCAUGGAAUGCUGGUCAAACUGGAGCCCGAUGAUCGGAAGCGACGCCCCUAUUUGAUACUCUGCUACAAGCUCUUCGAUGCGAACAAACCCAAGGCAAUGCCGCUUAGUGCCAUGUUGGCUUAUAGAGAGGAGUAUAUAGAUCGACUGAAAAAACUGGUGCAGAAAAUUAUCCAUAUCAAUGAGGUGGAUUUCGAGAGUUCUCGAUUGGCGAACAGAAUCAAUGCGCUGUAUCAAUUACAGUUGCCGUGCAAAGAGAGAACUGUGUUGGGCUGUGUCAAACAGAAUGAGAAUUUACCAACCUUGUUGGGCUGUGAUCAACUGCAAAUGCAUUUGAGUGAGAAGGGUCUUAAGUGGGAAACGGAAAGCAAAGUCGUAAAGUAUUUGCCAGUUCAGUUUAAAGUCAACGCAUUUGCAUAUUUGCAGGGCAUUUUGAAGCAGUCGAGCUCGUCUACUCAGUGGAUAGGAUUCAAGUGGCAACAGGAGCAGAGAAAGUUGACUAUUCUUGUGCUCAGAGCUGAUACGAAACUCAGGGAGUCGAUGGUUUAUUCAGUUAAUUCGGAAUGCCAACCUGGAGAUCAUGUAGAUCUCUUGAGCAUGAUCGAGUCGGAGCAACCAUCGGAGCACUUCUUUAUGCAAAAAUCUUAUCGCGACGAGGUCAAUCACACAGUGAUUGAUGGGGCUGCUGACGAAGGCAGAAUCUUUUCGCCAAUGGAAGAGCUAUCGGCACUGCCAAGUUCAAGUACUGGACGGUGGCAGCAUGAGCGGUAUGUGAUUGCAGCACCUCGCCCUAUUAUACUCGCCUUCAGAUGCAAUCCCGCCUAUCAGUGCUCUGAGGCUGAUCCCAUGGGACCCGAUUUCUUUGAGCAGCUCCUGCAGUUCUCGGAGCUGACGGCCACCAAGACUUGUCCGCUAAAUGGCACUGAGAUUAAGCAGCGCAUCAAGCUAGCCAUGCGUCAGGACAUGACCCAUGACGGGAUGAACGUUAAUGUGGUAGCGCGCAUGGGACUGCAGGAGUUUCUCACGGAGCAGGAGAAAGAAUUGUACAAGUCACUGCGCUGGCAGCAUCGCGACCGUGGCGAGUGGAUUGACCUCAGUCAGGAGGCACGUCAACGUGACGUACUCACCGGCUUGCUGGGAGCUGUCUGCAUGCAGCUGAAGCCUUCGGCCUUGAAAGCCCGUCUGCUAUUGCGCUCUCCGCAUCAUCAGCAGAGCAUCAGCGAAUCCUUUUUGCUGCUCUCCAUCGGUCAUGUGGGUCAUUUGUACGGGAAAACGAAGCAUCUGCUGCAACGUUUGUCCCAGAUGGAUGACAGUGGCCUGGUUUUGGCCUAUUGUCUGCGGGAUAAGCUGCUAGUGCUUCAUGCCUACCAUGAGGCUCAGAAGCUGCAGCCGGAGAAUAUGCUGCAAAUCUACUGGCACACACGGGACCAUCAGCUCCGCUUCCAAUGGUAUGGCGAGAUCUACAGUGCCCUCUCCUCUAGCAAAGCUUCGCUGCUGACAUCGCUGCAUCUGCAGCUUGGUCUUAAUGCGCACUUUGAUGAGCUGCUGCAGCAGUGGCUGCUGUUGGCCACUUAUCCGUUGCUGGGCAGGAUUAGCAAGUGGCUGUUGAACGGGGAGCUGCAUCAACUUUACUUUAUUGUGGAGCACAAAGAACACGCCGAUGGUCCGCUCUAUUGGCAUUCGUACUUCGAGUUGAUUGAGGAGUUGCUGCCGCCUUUUCUCAAUCGAGAGUUGGCUCAGUUGCUGCUCGGAGUGGGCAGAAGUCAUAGAUACGCACGUAGGUGGCUGAAUGUUGAGCUAAAGUCUUUGAUUUACGCCGAGCAGCUGCAGCAACAGUUGAAUGAAGCAUGCAGAAAAUGCUACGAGGAGAUGGAUGAAGAGUCACUCAUAGAAAUCAUUCUAUCUCGGCAACAAGAGACAUCCAAGGCAUUGCUUUUGCAGCUGAGGAACUUGCUGCCCACUCCGCUGGAAAUCUUUUCCAAACUGCAUCAAUAUUUGCUGCUCUCCGAUAUGGACUUUGUUCGGGGAUUGAUCGAAUUGUUAGAGCCCGCCUUGGAGCAAUCGGUGAAUUGCUAUAACGUGCAGCUCCUGGACAACUUGAUGAAGCAGUUGCUGGACAAGCACAAUGAGCAGUUGUUUGUGGAUCAGCUGAAGGGUGAGGCAGAUGGUAAGGGCAAACAAUGUUGGUCUUGCUUCCUUUUGCAAUGGAGACUGCCUUGCCAUUGGACCGCACUCAUCGGAGAUCGCAUCGAGCAGUAUUCCUCCUGCUUUGUCUCUCUGUGGCAACUGCAUCAUGCUGACUAUGUGCUCAGCGAGCGCAUUCGUCGCCAGCAAGUGCACUUCCUGGAGCGCACAGGACUCGAUCAAUCCAAGGAUGCCUUGCAGGUGGCUGAGCAAUUUGUUGGGUUCAUCGACAAGCUAAUGGGUUUCAUGACCACACUGCGAGACUACUUCUUCAAUGAUAUCCUGGGCAGCGCCCUCAAAAGUCUCUACGAUGCUUGUAGCAUCACAAGCUCACUGGAUGCAUUGCUCGCACUACACGCCGAGUACCUCAACUUCAUCGAGUGCGGCGUGUUUCAGACCAAAAAAGGGUUGAAGUCGCAUUUACGUCUUGCAGAGCUGUACGAGAUUAUCUUUCGGUUGGAUGCGGAACAGCAAAAGUUUCUCUCCCUAUGUCACAAGGUGGACAAAUCCGUCAAAAUGGAUACGUUGAAGUCUUUCCAUUGGACUUGCCACAGCACAUGCCACGUCAUUAAUAUUUUGGAUGACAAGUUUCAACAGAUAUUGGCCAACUUUUUGCUGGCAUUAUUCUCCACUGGCAGCGAACAGUUUAUAAUUCUGGCCAGAAAAUUGAGUCGCGAUCGUGACUAUGCAAAUAAAUGUAAGAAAUUAGAAAUAGUAAACACUUUUCGAUUUUUGCGAAAAUUCCCACAUUAACUUUGCAUUCUUUUUGAACAUGAAGAUUUUAUAAAUUCCAUAAGUACAAAUUUUAUAUUUAAUUUUAUAUUUUGUACU